AAUGGCAUAGAAAACAAUAGCAAGCACAGUUGUCUAACCUCCCCUCCUUGUGACUUUGGGCUGUGUGAGGCUGACAGCAUGUUAUCAGGUCAGCUAGCAGUGCAUACAUUUGCAAGCUCUUGUUAUUUUAAGCAUGUCACCAAGCUGCGUUUAAAAUAACCUCCCCAGCCAAACUCCUGUGACACACAGGCUCUUAUGAUCUUGUCCUUUCCUGUUAGCAAUGGGACUGCAGAGAGCUGCCACACUGCCAUUAAGGAAGACACAUUAAUGCCACAGUGGGGCUCAUGCUAGAAGAAAUGAUUUUCACUGACAUACACUCGGGUACACAGAGGCCGUGGCGUGUGGUGGCCUCGUGUGCCUGUGAUGUGACAUUCGAACAGGCUGUGGCAGUGCUCCAGCUGACGCCCUGAAGCCUCUGAGCAGGCUGUGCAGCAAUAAAAGGUGCUAGCAAAAUAGUUGUAAGCAAGUGCAGCUGUAUGGUCACUCCAACAGUGACAACUUUGGCCUCUGUAUUGUGGGUCAGUAAGUCCAAGCCAAAAUCCAUUAAUUACUUGGUUGGGUUUGAAUUCCAGCCUGGCUAGUUCAUCCUGGGCUUUUCCCAGCUCAUGUUUCUACAAUAAAAUUCCAAAGUGUAGUUCUACUGCUGUUGUGAGCUGCAGAAUGGACUCCAGCUCCUUUGCCAUAGGAUUGGGUUGGCAAAACUAGAGAUUGCAUCAAACUGUGACCUUCUUCCACUCCAAAACUCUGACUUGAGUUAAAUGUAAAAGGGAAACUUCCCUGACUGGUAGCCAGCAGGGAUUUACCCUCAGGCAGAUGACAUUUUUCCUGCCCAGAGCCACAGAGACAUGGCAGCUGCUGCCCUGUUGUGGCCAUAGCCUGGCAUGUGAAGGUGCCUCCAUCUCCACCUGUUCUCCUGGAUGCUCAGCAGCUGCUUCGUCGAGCUGUUCUUGCAGUGAGCAUGGGAGAUGGUUUGCAGGGGGACAUCAGGGGUGGCUGUGCUGGCAUGCAGGUGGGACAGAAGGGUGGAUGUGGGGAAGGACAUGGGGUGGAGGAGGAAGGAGCAUGGGCUGGUUCUGCCAGUCUGGAUGCAUCCUGACCUGCUCCAUGUGGGUGCAUCUUCAUUCCAUCCUUCCUGCCCCUCUCUCAGAGCUCCUGUGUCUCCAUGGAGAAAUGGUGGUUACUGGCUGUUGGCUGGCACUAUCCUCAACUGGAAGCUUUACUUAAAGGCCCUGCUGCUUCCCUUCCUUAUGCAGCCACAGCUUCUAGCACACUCCUGCCCUGUGUUGACCUACCAACUCCAUGGCAAAACUGCCCCAUAGAGAGACAAUUUCAGCAUGUUCUCCCUGUGCUGCUGAGAGGCUUGGCUCCAGGCAGUGGCAGCUGAGGCCAUGCCAUGACCACAUUUCCACCCCGGCAGCUGCAGCUGACAGCAGUACUCUAGUGUCUGUGCUGGUCACAUCUGUGCCACUGUUGGCACUUACUCCAGAUCGGGGUCACACAGGGUUUCUGGCAUUUUCACACCUAUGUGUAAGCUGGCCGUAAGAUUCACAUCCCUUUUUACAGCUUCAUUAGCCCCAUCACUUUUUAUUUUUACAGCGGGAUGAUCCACUGAUAGCUGUAAAGCCGGGUGGAGAUGAGGCACAGAUGGCUUUCACCACGGGCUGGUUUUGCAAGGUCAUUCACAGCCGGGUGAGAGCACAGGUGGUGGCCAAGCUGGGAGAGCAUGUUGUGAUGCCACAGUGACAGUCCCCUCUAGGCAGGGACACCAGGAACACUUUCAUACUCCUUGAAUUUUAAUUUGCUCUUCCACACCUAGUUCACUGGUGUGCUAGGGUCGAUUUGUGGUUUGAGUGUGUUUCGACCUGGGUGCAUCUGAGGGGGUAGCCUGUGGAAGCUGAGCUUUGCUCCCUUGGUUACUGGGGGAAACCUGAGCUGGGCAGGUGAUGGCAUCUGAGCCACAACUUCUUCGCUCUGUGCUAAUCGCUGUGAAUGUCACAACACAGCCAGGUUUGCUGCCGGGGGCAGAUUGGGUAGCAGUCGAAUAGUGUGGUACAUCUCAGUUGUGGGAUUCCCUACCCCUUGGGGCUUCAAGUCCCUCUGGGCUGCAGCUCCCAUAUGGAUGCAGAUGUCCUGUCUUCAUCAGGAGUUCACAGCUUGACUGUACAAGUGCUAAGAAACAGUGCAACCUUGUGGGUAUGGAGUGGUACCUUCCUUGCAGAGCUUGGCAGGGUAGCAUCUCUCCUUGAGAAUGUGUAGCUCCUGUGGGAUCCUACAGGGUAUGUUCCAUCUUGUACAGCCUCUGUCUGAGAUGCUGCUGACAUGGUGUGUGCUGUAGACUGAGGCUGAUUGACAGGCUGAGGUCUGGCAAGUGUAGGUCUGUCUGACCCAGCCCUGUGGUGGUGAGAGCUGCUAUCACGGUGGUACAGAGCAACCCCAGGGUCUCCAAGCUACAAUUUAACUGCUGCAUCUGAGGCUUGACUUUCAGGUGAGACAGGAGUGUGUAUGUGUAUUGCAAGAAAACCAAGAGGAUGAUGGUUGAUGCUCUGCUUACCUUUCUUUUUAUACUUUUUUUUUUUUUUUUUUUUUUUAAACAUGCAAACAUGUGAGAGCUGGAAGGUGGAAGAGCCAUCCAGCCUGCUUGGAAAACAAAUUCCUAUCACAGCUGUAUCCAGGGGCCCUCCAGGCAUGUGUUAAAGCAAGACAAAUAACUGGCUCAUGGUUUGUUUUCUCUUUCCCUUCUCCCCAGGCAAGAGGAUGUUGCGGGUGUGGUGCAAUAGUUCAUUCUAGGAGGAUUCAGGACACUUAAGUAUGCAGCUCUGUAGUCUGCCAGUUGUUCCUUGCAGGAGAUUUUUCUGUAGGACUGCAAUGGGGAGGAACAUGAGUGCACAGCACUGCCAGUCUCUGCUGGAAACCGAGGUGUUGAUGUUAGAAUAGCCCUGGAUUUGCUCCUUGCUGCCUUCUCAUCACCGAGCUCUUUAGGAUGCCCUCAGACCUCACUGAGCCUUUCUCUGGUGUUACAAAGGCCAGCAAAGAUGCUGCUGUAGAUGAUUGACUCGCUUGUGCCUCAUGUGCUAUGGCUCUACAUGGCCACUUCAGGACCAGACCAUGCUAAUCUGGGCCCCAAACAGGAGAGGAGUGUUGGGCUCGAGUCAGGCACCCUUCUGGCUGGGAGACCUCAGCCGUGCUGGGCCUGGCGCUUCGCUCAGCAGCAGGCGAAACCUGCCUGGAAUUUAGAGAAGAGGUAUGUGAGUGCUUUCCAGGAUCGAAUCCUGCUGCCCUCAGGGAUCCCUCUGCAGCAAUCCUGCUUCUUGUGCUCGCCGUCACUAUGCCACGCACAGCCCACUGAAGACAACCUCCGAAGCCCUCCUGGCACUGCCUCUGCCACGGCAAGGGCGAUGUCUUCCUUGCUGAUGGAACCCUGCCUGCUUCCUGUACUGGCGGAGGAGCAGUCUGGGACUGGGAUCAAAGGCUCUGCCUUCGGCUCAGGUCAGCAGGCUGCCAGCUCCUAUAGAUCAGUGCUCAAUAACAACUCCUUCCUACGGCCAAGCAGUGCUAAAGUGCCUUUUCUGCAAUCACUGGAGAUGAGAAAGAUGGAAAAACCCCACAAUUCUCUUGCUGCCUCAUGGCCCCACUCUGGGGGCAAUGGAGACAGCUUCUCUAGCAGCCUGAUCAAUGGAGCAGUGACGAACAGUGACCCUGUGUUGAAGAAAACAGUGGUUCCCUCCCUGCCCCCUGUGCCAAGGAGUGCUGUCCUCAGGAAGGACCAGUGCUCGUGGCAGGACACUCAGAAGGGAAUUCACAGCUCAAAAGAGAAGGAGCCAGAGAAGAAUCUCCUGAAGGCUGUGCAGCAGCUAGCCAGUCAGGCUGCCACACGCAACAGCUUUGGGUGCCAAGUCAAAAGUUCUGGCCUUACAAAGGUGGGCAGCCUCUCCAACUGGAACAGCAGGAGGAGGCAGCACGUCGGAGCGCAGCUCACCCUGAAAGAAACCAUUGCUCCUCUGAACUUGGAGCUGGGGAGCCAUCGCCUUAACAGUGACUCGAGCCUUAGGGGCACCAGUGGUGCCAUUGCCUGCCCUAAGCGUGUCAGCGUCUGUCCCUUGGCCUCACGCGCUGGCGCUCCCGACGGCAGCUCCGACUGCCGGCUUGUGGGCACGCACAGCCCGCGCGUGGGGAAUCAGGUGGUGAGAGCUGAGCCUCUGCACCUCGCUGCUGUCUCUGAAGUGACAAAACAGAUGUCUACCAUUCAACUGGAAAAAGAGAAGAAAUGGGUCCAGGCUGUGGUCCCAGGAAAGCUUGAUGCCACUGCUGAGCAGUCACUGCUGGAGCCAAGCCAUCCCCAGGAUGAAGCAGAGGAAGAACUUCCUGAUGGCCUGGAUGAGAGCUGCAGUCAGGAGGAGGAGGACAGUGACUCGGAUGCUUCCUCUGUGGCUGACGUGUCAUCCAGUGGUUCCAUGAGUCUUGUAUCCAGGAAUUGCAUCAAGUGCCUGGCCCAGCCUGCUGAGGCUCAGGAAAAAGUGCUCAAACCAGCUCUUGUCUGCAGUUUAUUCCCUAAUGUGCCUCCAACUAUCUACUUCAGUACUCGGGAUGAGACAGUGGAAAAGCUGCCUUGGGAGCAGAGGAAGCUACUGCGAUGGAAAAUGUGCGGAGUGACGCCGAACAUUGUGAGGCAAACUGUUUGCAGAUCCCACUUCAGAGUUAGCAAAAAAAGCAACGACUGGCUGGGUUGCUGGGGCCACCACAUGAAAUCUCCCAGCUUCAGAGCCAUCAGGGAGCACCAAAAGCUAAACCACUUCCCCGGCUCAUUUCAAAUUGGGAGAAAGGACCGUCUGUGGCGCAACCUGUUGAAGAUGCAGGCUCGCUGUGGGAAAAAGGAGUUUAACUUCUUCCCUCAGUCCUUCAUCCUGCCACAGGACAUCAAAUUACUCAAGAAAGCAUGGGAGGAAGGAGCUAGCCGACAGAAAUGGAUUGUGAAACCACCAGCAUCAGCAAGAGGCAUUGGUAUCCAGGUCAUCCACAAAUGGAGCCAGCUCCCCAAAAGGAGGCCACUGUUAGUACAGAGGUAUCUGCACAAACCCUACCUCAUUGGCGGGAAGAAGUUUGAUCUGAGGAUCUACGUUUAUGUCACUUGCUACGAUCCUCUCAGGGUCUACCUGUUCAAGGAUGGAUUGGUUCGCUUUGCCAGCUGCAAGUACUCCUCCUCAAUGGAGAGCCUCAGCAACAAGUUUGUGCACUUAACCAACUACAGUGUGAACAAGAAGAACACGGAGUAUAAGUCCAACUCGGAUGAGACUGCUUGCCAGGGACACAAAUGGGCACUCAAAGCUCUCUGGAAUUACCUGACCCAGAAGGGAGUGAAUAGUGAGGCCAUCUGGGAGAAGAUUAAGGACAUCGUUAUCAAAACCAUCAUUGCAUCUGAGCCCUACGUGAACAGCCUUGUGAAGAUGUACGUGCGCCGGCCGUAUUGUUGCCAUGAGCUGUUUGGGUUUGAUAUCAUGCUGGAUGAAAACCUCAAGCCCUGGAUUUUAGAGGUCAAUAUUUCCCCAAGCCUCCACUCCAACUCACCUCUGGAUGUGAGCAUCAAGGGCCAGAUGAUUCGGGAUGUUCUCAACCUUGCCGGCUUUGUUCUGCCCAGCAUGGACAGCGUGGCCUCAAGGCCAGAGACAAGAAGUAGCCCUACCUGCAGUAUGGACAGUGCUUUGAAGGAGAAGCCCAAACCAGUAUCUGAGCAUUUCAGAGCAGAGAAGAUGAAGCAGGCUUAUUACUUGAUGCAGAAGAUACCUGACCAGGAUUUUUAUUCUUCUGUCUUGGACAUCCUGACCCCAGAUGAUGUUCGCAUCCUGGUGGAGACAGAGGAUGAGUAUUCCCGGCGUGGGCAGUUCGAGAGGGUGUUCCCCAGCCACAUCUCUAUGCGGUACCUGCGCUUCUUCGAGCAGCCUCGUUACUUCAACAUCCUGGUGACACAGUGGGAGCUCAAAUACUACUUGAAUAGACAGAAAGGUCUGGAGCUACUGAAGAAUUGGUGUGUCAAAGGGUACCACACUGGGGCAGGGACAGAUUUGGCCCAGAUGUGGUCAUUGCCAAAGUCUUUCUUCCUCCAGAAGAGUAGCAUUCAAUCAAAUGGCUUCAGCAAACUGGAACUGGGCAGACUGGGCACACAUUUCCCUUCAGCUGGUGAGGACCUCACAAGAUGCCUGGAGCCCAGCCCUACUCAGAGCUUACCUCUCAACAAGUGCACUGGUGGAGCCAACCAGAGACCUUCUGGCUGCCUCUCGGACACCACCCUGGUGAUGUGACCAGACAGCCACUGGGGACACAUCAACCUACCUCAAAGGAAGAGACGGGAGCUGGCUCUGUAGAGCAAGGACUGUGGGAGCCCCUUGCACUGCACACUUGCUUGUGGGGCUGUUUUUAGAGAGGGAUGUUUUACUGGGCAAAGAGGAGAGCUGUGUGACUUCAGUUUUCAAAACAAAUGGCAAAGCCUGAGGAAGUGGGGUUUGUCAGGCCUUUGUCCUAGGCUGCUUUUAAAUCCUGAUGUGGUGGUUUAUCUGCUGCAUGGGAGUCGGCUGAGCCUGCCCUUUUUGUCCCCAACCAGCAUAGGCUGAGCCCUUGGUUGCCUGUGUCUCUGUGUCCUGAGCUGCUGGCAGCCAAGUGUGCUCCUGCCCUGCUGCAGCCUGGGUCCUGGAGAAAAGUCCCCAAUCGGUACCCCACUCCUCUGGAAGGAGCAGGGCUUGGGAUCUUUUCUGAAUGCCGGUGCCAACAUCCUGCCCUCCCCCAGCAUCGGACCCUGGGGGAUACCUCAGGCUUGCACAUUGCUGCUCAAGAGACACCAUGAGUAGCAGCUUGGCUGCAGUUUGUUGUGGGGACAGUAGGGCUGCUGGGGAUGGAACAGCUGAGCUCAUCGGCUCUCUGGUGUGCCCUGCAGCAUACGUGCGUGGACUGCAGGCUGAUGCUCUUCUGGGCUCUGCUCUCUAUUUUCCAUUUGUUUCUCAAGGAUUUUUAUUAAAGUUUAACGCUCA